CCAAGAUGGCGGCCACCAUGAAGAAGGCGGCUGCGGAAGAUGUCAACGUUACUUUCGAAGAUCAACAAAAGAUAAACAAAUUUGCACGGAAUACAAGUAGAAUCACAGAGCUAAAGGAAGAAAUAGAAGUAAAAAAGAAACAACUCCAAAAUUUAGAAGAUGCUUGUGAUGACAUCAUGCUUGCAGAUGACGAUUGCCUAAUGAUACCUUAUCAAAUUGGGGAUGUUUUCAUUAGCCAUUCUCAGGAGGAAACACAAGAAAUGUUAGAAGAAGCAAAGAAAAAUUUGCAAGAAGAAAUUGACGCCUUAGAAUCCAGAGUGGAAUCCAUUCAGCGGGUGUUAGCAGAUUUGAAAGUUCAGUUAUAUGCAAAAUUUGGGAGCAACAUAAACCUUGAAGCUGAUGAAAGUUAAACAUUUUAUAAUACUUUUUUAAUUUGUUUAAUAAACUUUUGAAUAUUGUUUAAAAUGAUAA